ACCAGUGAGACCGGUCAUGUUAUAAAAUCAUCACUUAGGACUAAUAGUACGAACUGGGGAAAAACACAGGGACCAAAUAUGUAAUUUACUCUAAAUUAUUUAUAUACAUGGACGAAACAGUAUCCAAUUUGUUAACUCGUUCCAUUUACCAACCAAAUCAAAAAACCGUUGACGGAGCCGUUCGUCGAGAGCUCCCGCUGCUUUCCAUCUACCUUCUGACCUUCAUCGGCUGUUUACACGCUUUAAUGCUUACUUUGUCUCGGAAAUUGAUUCGUAAUCUCAUAAAUUUGAAGUGUCGGAGUAUCUUCAUUGUAAUUGAGUAUGUUCUUCGAUUCCCAACAGUACAAAUUCUCGCUUUUACAAUCGAAGAUAUAAAUGUAUUUCCCUGUAUUCGAAUUACAAACCCAUGAAUUAUCAUGAUUGCGCCAAACGCAAAUGAAGCAGCUCUACGAGCAGUAAUGGUGGAGUUACUGAAUACUGUGGUUUUGGAAACCAAAAGAACUGCCAAAUUUAGAACUCUACUCAAGCGCAUCGAGAGAACAUUAAAGAACAUUGAGCCGAUUUUUUAUGGAUAUGAGAGGUUGAGAAAAGUGUUGUAUCGACCUGAACACGAGACCAAAAUGUUCAUAUAUUAUGUGGCAAAUGGAAAAGAAGUAGUUCUUGAGUGCUCAGAGAUCAAAUGCUGGAAUGUAUACAAGAAAUUUCUUCACGCCAACAAGCUGAUUGGAUUGGACAACAUGCUUUUGAGAUUCUUUCAGAGUGAAUUGCAGGAUAAUUUGAGUUCAAGCAGGAGGAGUCUGUUUGAGAUUUAUGCUUUGGGAGACAAAUUGGAUCAAGUACUUGCAGCUGUUACCAAACAGACAGAUGGAUUUUCAGAGUCCUGCAGUGUUCCAGGGCUUCCAGAUGUCAUCAUUGGGUUGGAUUUUCAUCUUCAAGAACUGAAAAGAAUGGUGCUCAAAGAUGACACCCAAGUUGUAACAGUUUCAGCUCCUGGAGGAUGUGGGAAGACCACAUUAGUAAAGAUGCUCUGUCAUGAUAAUGAAAUCAAAGGCAUUUUUGGGGACAACAUCUUUUAUGUUACUGUUUCUAGAACAACCUCCAUUAAGACACUCAUCCAGAAACUAUUUGCACAUUUCCAUGUGAAUCAUUGUGAGUUACAAACUGAUGAAGAGGCAAAGAACCAAUUAGAGAACUUUAUGAGACAAAUGGGAUCAAAGAACAUAUUGUUAGUGCUGGAUGACGUUUGGUCAGAAUCUGAAUCACUUAUUGAAGAUCUGAAGUUUCCAAUAUCAGGAUACAAAAUCUUGGUGACAUCAAGAUUCUUGUUUUCAAGAUUCGGUUCCACAUAUGAACUAACUUUGUUAAACGAUCAAGAUGCAAAGACCCUUUUUUGCUCUUCUGCAUUUCAUAACAUGAAUUCCAUAAAUGUUCCAGAUGAUCUUGUGAACAAGAUGGUUAAAUACUGCAAGGGAUUUCCAUUGGCACUUACUGUGAUUGGUGCAUCAUUAAGUGGUCAAAAUUUAGUCAAAUGGAGGUCAACUUUGAAGAAAUGGUCAGAAGGUCAAUCUAUCUUUCAUUCAAGCAGCCGAUUGUUGCUUAGUCUUCAGUCAAGUGUUGAUGCACUUGAAGAUUUGCCAAUACUGAGAGACUGUUUUCUAGAUUUGGGUUUGUUUCCAGAAGAUGAAAAAAUCACAGCCUCUGCUUUAAUGGACAUGUGGGUAGAAUCAUACAAUUUAGAUGAUGAAGGAAUGUAUACAAGUGAAUACCUUCUUGAACUCUCUUCAAGAAACCUUCUCAAUCUUGUUCUCACUAGGAAAGAUGGUAGUGAACUUGAAGGGUAUUGCAACGAGCAUUAUGUCACACAACAUGAUUUGUUAAGAGAUUUAGGCAUCCAUUUGAGUAGCCAAGAUCCAAUAUCUCAAAGAACAAGAUUGAUGGUUGAAAUUUACAAGAAUCAAAUACCCACUUGGUGGAUUCAACAAAAGCAAGAACCAAUCACUGCACGUCUCUUGUCUAUCACAACAGACGAAUCAUUCUCGUCGAUUUGGUACGAUCUAAACGCGCCAAACGUUGAAGUUUUGGUAUUAAACAUUCGAAGCCGAAAAUACGAAAUCCCCUCAUUCAUCAAAAAAAUGAAUAAAUUAAAAGUUUUAAUCAUCACAAGUUAUGGGACGUGUCCUUGCGAGUUACAUGAACUUCAAUUCGUUAGUUCUCUAUCAAAUCUAAAACGAAUAAGACUCGAACACCUCUCGCUUUCUCACUCAAUCCAAUCCAUUUUGGAGUUGUACAAAUUAAAGAAACUUUCACUUAUCAUGUGUGAGAUCGGUAGUGCAUUAGCGAGUUGUACAAAUGUUACGCUUCCGAAUCUCUUAGAGCUUGAAAUCGAUCGUUGUUAUGAUUUGACGGAAAUACCCUUAGAAUUUUGUAGUCUUAAAAAUGUCAAGAAACUAAGCAUUACAAAUUGCCAUGAGCUUCACUCUCUUCCAAAGGGAUUGGGGAGUUUGUCGAAUUUGGAGAUUUUAAGGAUUCAUUCUUGUACGAGGUUAGUUCGAUUGCCGGAUUCGAUUAGGUUCCUUGGUAAUUUGGUGUUCCUUGAUAUAUCGGAUUGUUUGAGUAUAAAUAUGUUGCCUUAUGAGCUUGGGAAGUUGAAUGGUCUUAGAGUGAUUAAGAUGAGUGGUUGUCGGGGAUUAGAAGAGUUACCAGAUUCGGUGAUUGAUUUGAGUUUGUUGGAAGAUGUGAUUUGUGACGAAGAGACUUCAUAUUUAUGGAGCUAUUAUGAAGAUGAUCUUUGUGAUUUAAAGAUAAAUACAGUUGAAGAUGACCGAUUUGCAAACUUCAUGAAAAUAGUUGCACAUUAAUGGGUGGUUGGCUGAUGGCCCGCUCUUGGUUGGAGUUGGUCUGCUCUUAUUUGGAGCAGACCUUUCUGCCUGGGCUAGCCUAGCCUCGUCUCUGGUUGAGUGUUCAACCAGAGUACCAAGCAUGGUGACUCUAGGCCGCAAAGCCUCUCGAGCCCAAGCCCAAUUGAUCAAACAUGAUGGUUUUAAAAUCCCUUUUGAGUAUAAUUCUACUAUAUGCUUUAUAAAUAAUAAAUUUGUAUCAAUAAAUGUAUUGUAUAUUAUGUAAGUUGUAAUGUUUUAUGUUUAUAUACCAAUAAGACAGUGUUUUACUUUUA